AGAACUAGAACACUAACGGGAACGCCCACUCGGUGACGUAUAACGGUGAUGACAUAAUUAUGUUGUACAUCGCAUGCGCGAAGUCAAUAAGGCACAAGUAACUUCCGGCCGUAUGUCAACAUGGCAGAAGCGUUAGACGUCCUGGAAUUUCAAGAACUUGACGGUGUAAUAGAUCUUUUCUUUGCUAAAGAUUUGUUUGAGACAUCUCAACCUGUCGUUCCAGUAGCAUCCACUUCAAGUCCAGGGAAAAAAAUCAGUUUAAUGGAUAUGUUUUGGUCUAUGUUUAAUUCCGGAAUACUUCAAAUGGAUACAAACCCUACCCAAAAGCGAAAAGCGCCAGGACUAUGGUAUAGUAUAAAGUAUAAACUAGUUCCUGGAAGUAUAGUAGAAAUUGGUGCAUGUUGCACAUCAAUAUAUGGAGCCACUCAAUUACCAGAGUCUACUGUUCUCGCAAUAGUUCAAGAUGAUGUCAGUGUAAAACAAUGUAAAAAUUCCCCACACUUUUCUAAAAAUAUGAGAAAUUUUCACCUUGGACAAAUAAAGAGAUAUGAAGAUAUUGAGAAUUGGUUAGAGGAGAAUAUUGUAUCAUACCCGUUAUUACUUGGUAAUAUGAUAAUAAGCAAGAUAACAGAUAUGAAUGUAGGUCUUCUCCCUCAUGAAUAUGAAAAAUUAACAGCAAAAAUGUUAUCAGUUUCCCAACAAGUGUUUGUGAUGGAUUUUAGUCUUCCUAAAGGACAGGAAUCCUAUUUCAUAGACAAUUGGGAGAGGCCAAGUGAAUUAUUAAAUAAAGCCUGCAAUGUUGGCAAUUUGGACUGUAAAACAUCAAUACUUCGUGGAUCUGAUUUAUGGGAAAUGGAGAGAGUUGCGAUACAUGUCCAAAUAAAUCAUUGUAAAAGGGAACUAUCUGAAACUUUCUGUUCACAGUAUACAAGAAAACAGUGUUACUUAGAAUACAAUAUUGGAAAAGCAGUGGAUAUUUUUACAGAUGAUGGCAGGAUCAACCAGACUGUUGACAGUAACACCCUUCCACUUGAUUUAAUAUUACAAACUGAUCCAGCUGUAACCACAAUGGAAAAUGUAUUCUCAAAACUUUUAAGACAAGUGGACAAUGAACAAUAUGAUAUAAAUUUAGUUUUACAUGGUGGCAACAUCAACUAUACAUCAAUGUGGGUGAAUGAUCGACAGCGAUCUAUUGAUGAUAAUCCAUAUAAAAACUUUGACCAAAGUCAGAAUAUCCGACUCAAUGAUUUGUCACAAUCUUUGAAGAGGAAGUUAAAACCUGCACUGAUUUCCCCAGAUGUGAUGGACACUAUUAUAACAACAGAAGAAAAACAAGUUAAGAUGGGCUUGGAAUAUUUAACAAAACCAUUUGUAAAAUCAACACAAAUUCCAUAUAGGCCAAGUUACAUGAAGAAACAUUACGCCAAAUUUAAAAACAAUUUCAAAAAUUUCACUAGAGACAAAAUGAAAUAUGAUACCAAAAAUUUACCAGAUAGACUUAAUCAUUUAAAGGAAAAGCAGUUAAAUACAAGAACAAGGGUUACACAAGUUUUUUUAAUGUCAAAGAAUGAACAAGAUACAAAAGAGUUAAAUGACAAAUAUGAAAAAUUAAAUUUAUUUAAAGAAAACAAAGGAAUAAGGGUGAAUAGUCUAGAGAAAGUAGAACCAGAUUCACGUAACACUAAAGUACCAAAUAAAUUGUCAUCUAUUUUACUUGGAAAAGAGAAUAAUGGUAACAUUCAUAUUAAAGAUCCUGAAAUACCAGCUAAUAAUACAACAAAAGGCAAAUUAAAUGAACUUGGUUUUAGAAAGAGGAAAUUGUUAUCUAUAUCGUCUGAUAGAAGUUAUUCAAAUGGGUUUAUUUACAAUUUAAGAAAACAAUCGAAAGCUAUACCAACAUUAAAUAAUGGUUUCACAGUUAAAGUUACAACACUAAACACAAGCUAUCAAGACAAAUUGCCAAAAAAUAGUUCUCCACAAUAUGUAAAUUUUGAUGAGAAUUUAUUUGAUUACAACUGGAGAAAGAUAAAGAAACAUGUAUUCAAAAUACUACCAGUUCAAAAUCAACACAACAUCUUCGUGUAUGGUAGAGGUGAUCACUGUUUAUUAAGUAGUAAACUAUCUUUAUUAUAUCCAACAUCAGAUAUUUUAACUACAUUACCUGCUGAUGAAGAUACUAUUACAGCCAAAUGCAGAAGAGUAAUAUCAUCUUUACCACAAUAUAAUAAUCUGGUAUUUAACAGUAAUAUGUCACCUCGUUUAAUUAAUCAAUUCUAUCAAUUACCACAAAUAUUUAAGUUACAGGUACUAGGUAUGGAUAUUUUUACAAAUAUUGUACAAACUAGUCAAGGCUUUCUUCUCUACCUUGGAAAACUAUUAACAAAUGCUGAAAACACAAUAUUGGAAUUACCUUCUUUACAUCAAUUAGAAAAAGCUAUUGACAUGUUGAAGAGAACAACUCUGGGGUUAAAUCUAACACAGUUGACGAAGGGCCUGAUUCAUCAAGCCUUACACCAGGUACAAGCUGAUUAUUAUCCUAUAAAGAUACUAACAAAUGGUAAAGAUAGAAAAUACAAUAAAACCAGAUUGAUAUUAAUACGAUUAAAAUCUUUUAAAAGAAAGGUUAAAAUUGAUUGUAGUGGUAACACAGGUUUAUUAUCAUAUCAAGCCAAAUCUGGUAUUAACAUUGACAGUUCAUCAAAACAGACGGAUCGAAAAAAAUAUUUAUCAACAUCUAUUAACUUACAUUUCUUAAUAUUACUUAAACUGCAAGCUCCAGAAAGAGCCAUGUUAUAUGGGAGUUAUUUACUAUUACCUAUUGUAAAAGAUAUGUGUUCAUUAUAUAUAUUAUGGACAAACAAAACAUUAUAUCAUAUUUAUUCUAAUAAUAAUACAAUCCUACAAGAUUAUAGUAUUCAGCAAACAAAACAACAGUUAAAAUCUGAGAUAAAAGAUCAACAUUUUUUAUUUUUGGAUGUAAAUAAUGAUAAUAGAAUAUUAACAUAUUUAGCUAGUAGUUAUAUUAACAGUACAUUUGUAGCAAUGAGAGAUAGAGAUGGAGAGAACGAAGUAUUAUAUAAUACAACAGUCUAUAAUAAAACAAUAAAUAAUAUAGCAGUUACUAACCAAAUAUUAGAUACAGAUUUUACAGAUAAACUAUUACAUAGUCCAGAUAUAUUUAGAUACCAAUUUAUAGGAUAUACAGAAUUCUUACGAUCAAUAGGCAGACAAAUGCGAUCUGAAUUUGAUUCAAUGUUAGGUAAUAUUUUGUCAACUGGUGUUACAACAUUUUUACAAGUUCCGUCUGCUCAGAUACUCUCACUCAGUGCUGCUACCUUUUAUCCAGAUAUAUUUUCACAUGAAGACCAGUCUUUACAUUUAUCAGAAAUUCAUCCUCUACCUCCAUUUAUUACUGCUGAAAGAGAUUUAAUUUAUGAGAGUGCCAAAGCUGAUGUAGACAUUGAUAUAAAAACACAAAUUAUUCCUGAUAUUACAGCCCAGGAUGGAAUAAAAUUACCAUGGAAAUUAAUUAGAGUAGACAUCAAACAGUUAAAAGUGAAGGUAGAUCAUCAUUUUGAUUUUAAUUUGGAUGGCCAUCAGAGAAAAUAUAUUCAACAUGUAGUGAGCUACAACAAAUCACAUUACGAUGUCCAUCUGGUCAGACAGCAGGAUGGCUUUAAAAUACCAUAUGGAAAUGUUAAUGCUAUUUCUUUAAUAGCAUUGCUACGAAUGGGAUUAAUAGAAGUACAGAAGAAUGAUUUCUAUGCAAAAUUCUUAAAUUUACCACUUUAUGAAGAUAUGGCUCCUUGGAAUAUAGUAUUUCGUCAUGGUACAUUAGAAUAUAUUGACUAUGAUACAAAAGAUUAUAAAUACGAUAAACUAACUCCAGCAGCAUAUAGGAUUUUAAUGGUUUUAACAAAUUAUCAAAGGACAGUCAAAGAUUUUAAUCAUUGUGGAAUGGCAGCAAAGAAUGAGUAUGGGUUUAAAUAUAUUGCAGAAUGUGUUGGAAGUUCAUUUAUCGGUCCAUGUAAAGAUCCUCGAUAUCCUGUACCAUGCGGUGAUAAAACCUGUCAAUCAACUUAUAUAGACUGUCUACGGUCAUUACAAGAUAAAACAUCACUUCAUCUAGACAAAAAAGCUUUUAAUGAUCUUAGCUCAAGGAGAUUUUUUUUAAAUGAAGAAAAACCAGAACAGUGGUCCUUCAACAAAAAUGGAGCAAAAACAAGACCACCAUAAAUCAUUUGGCUACUGGAAAAAAUAAAACAAAGAAAGUACAUAUUAUUGGGAUUAAAUUUUAUCUUUUAAUGAACUUUGAUUUAUCAGCCUACUGUGAUAGUGUUCUGGGAAAGUGUUAUUAAUAAAUUCAGGGUUUUUAUGAAACAA